AUGUAUGAUAAAAGUAACACAGAAAAUACUACGAAAACAACACCAACAACAAAUUGGGUGAUUAAAUAUUUUCCAAAAAAAAAUUCAGAAAAUUGUGCUGUUGAUUUUAUUAAUAAUAAAGACGCAUCUGAAAAAAUCUUCAGUAGCCCUAUUUUGACAAAUGAUGACACACGUGGCAAUGGAAAUAAUAAUUUGUUGGAAACUGAAUUACCUAAAAAAACUAUGGAUGAAGGAACUUCAUCUUCAACAGUGACUCGUCCGCAAGCAGUGCCUUAUCCUCAAGCAGUAAUUCAACUUCAGAUACAGACAAGAGUUCACUACAUUCUAAACCAGAUCCUUAUGAAUCAGAUAACAGCAUCAUAG